GUACAUUUUCGGGAGGCCAAACAAUUGGGACUGUUGACGGCAGAAAUCUUGUUUCUAAAGGAAAUCAGGAAGAGACGAAACAAACUCCUUCAAAAAAACGUACAAUAGAUGAAUACUUUGUAGUACAAGAUCAUACAGUUAGUAAUGAGGAACCAAACCGAGAUUCUAAGAAAAUAAAGGCUGAUGACGGACAAUCAGCUCAUUCAGCUAGUGAUGAAUCCAAAGCAUCACUUCCCGAUCUGAAAAAAUAUGAGGAAGCGUACCUGGCCUUAGAUUCUAAUCGUAUGUGGGUACUAAAGAGUGGUCGCAAAGUAGAAGAAGUCAUUUAUAAAUACGCACGAGAGUUGACAUAUGAAUCCUAUUUACAUUCAUUCAUCAUUAAUGACAUUGAUGUUCCUACGAAGUCAUUGUUUUAUAAAGAUGAGUGGAAAGAAAUUACCACUUCUGAAGUUAUAGAAAGACCGAAACUUGAAGAUUGUCAUCGGGAAUUACUUAAAAAAUAUACGAUUAAUAAUGUCAAGAAAUUACGAGAAGUUCUCUUCGAAUUUGUACCGGAAGGGGACUCAGAUUAUAUAAAUGGCGCAUAUCGUGGAAUCCUACGUUUGUGGGAGAUGAGUGAAGAUCCCUUUGACACUUCCAAAUUGGAAGGCUGCUGGUUUGAGAUUAACGUGUGGGGUCGCCUAAUUGAUCCAGCCUUUGAUAGAUUGAACAUUGAUUUAGUGCGCGGGGAGGGAAUGAGCCUGGCAUCAAGCGAAAGGAGAAAUCUUGAAAGAACAUUAGACGAUCGAAAGAAAAUUGGCCGAAAGGGCUAUGGAGUCUUCAGACUACGUAAAGGUUGUUUAGAAUUUGGUGCGACAGAGGCUGGUCGAAAAUGGGAAGGACAAAAGGGCACCAAAUAUAUGACAGACUCUUUAAAACUUUGUAAAAUGUUGAAAGAUAUGUUAAACCGGCUUGCUGUUGAGUGUAUGAUGAAAGAAGAACUCGUGAGGAAACUACGAGUAGUCGGGAUGCUCCAAGGAGCAAACAGACUUCAACUUAUCACAGCCGAUCUCCCCAAAGGAUAUAUUACCCGUAUCAGUCGUGACGUUAUUAGCAAGAAAGAUGAUGUUGAUCUCGAAAAUUUUCUCGAUGAUUUUGAAGAUGAUGGAUGUUACACGCCUCCUCCUGCCGUUACAUCCAAGACAUUCGAACCUCCAGAGAAA